UAGUACGGAGUACGAGAGAGAGAAAGAUGUUUAACUCGGUGAAUCUGGGCAACUUCUGCUCGCAGACGCGCAAAGACCGGACAUCCGAGUUUGGGGACAGGACGGGCUGCGCGUCCAACAUCUACCUCCCCAGCUGCACCUACUACGUGCCCGAGUUUUCUGCCGUCUCCUCGUUCCUUCCACAGGCCCCGUCACGGCAAAUCAGCUACCCUUAUUCCACAAAUCUGUCUCAAGUGCAGCCUGUUCGGGAAGUUUCAUACGGCUUGGACCCUGCCAGUAAAUGGCACCACAGAAGCAAUUAUGCAUCGUGCUACUCGGGAGAGGAUCUGGUGCAUAGGGACUGUCUUCCACCAUCCACCAUGACAGAAAUGCUUAUGAAGAACGAGAGCGUGUACAGCCACCACCAUCACCAUCACACCCACCCGGGCUCCAAUCACCCCUCCACAGGUUUUUACUCCGGCGUGGGGAAAAACAACGUCCUCCCGCAAGGCUUCGACCGCUUUUUUGAGACCGCAUACUGCAGCAGCACGGACAAUCAGUCAGACAAUUGUUUACAAAAGGGCGAGGGAGGGAAGCUGGAAAGCGACUCCCAACAGCAGCAGCAGCAGCAGCAGCAACAGCAACAGCAGCAGCAGCCCACAGCCUCGGUACCCGGAGCUUCGGAGCAGGAAAAAGACCCAGAAGAUGAGGAGGAACAUACAAAUUCAGGCUCAUGCACUUCUUCCUCCGCAACAACCAAGGACGGCAACGCCAGCAAGAGCAGCCACUCGAGCGCUCCUCGAACAAGGAAGAAGAGGUGUCCAUAUUCCAAGUUUCAGAUUCGAGAGCUGGAGCGGGAAUUCUUCUUUAACGUUUACAUCAACAAAGAGAAAAGGCUUCAGCUUUCCCGAAUGCUAAACCUCACCGACCGCCAGGUUAAAAUUUGGUUUCAGAAUAGAAGAAUGAAAGAGAAGAAGCUGAGCAGAGAUCGCCUCCAGUAUUUCUCUGGAAACCCCCUAUUGUGAGCUGGAGCAGAAAAAAAAAAGUGUCACAGUCUUGGACGGGUGGCAUUUAAAGGCCUCCUCUUAUCUCAUUGAAUUGUAAUCGUGGGCAUAACCAUUUUUUUUUCUAAAGGAGCCCAUAAUCACCAACAGUGCAAUGUUAAAGUGGACAGUGGAAGAAAUAAGGCCUGCAUGGGAGAAAGUCGCCAUUUUCUUAUUGCCCCUAUACGGGCGGCGAUGAAUUUCUAGCUGGUCCUCAGAAAAAAAAAGAAGAGAAAGGCCUACAUGGUUAGAAUAAUCAUUUAUAUGCUGUUCUUGAAUAUGUCCCUCUAUUUAUCACGACUCGCCCAUUGUGUUUAUUCUACUGUUCAUAUAGGCAUAUUUGUUAAAAAAUAUCAAAUGUAACAAACCAGUUUGAGUCCUUAUCGCGCAGACAACUUUUAGCUCUUAUCCCUCCCUCUGGUUCUUGUAUAUAGCAUAUCAUUAUCUAAUUAUUUCUCAACCAGAGUACGAACAACUUCUAGAAAAUCUCCAGGCUGCCUUUUUUUUUUUAAUUAUUUUUUUUCGCCCAUUGAGAACUGUGACGUCCAAUCUGUGAAAGUAUUCCCCCCUCUCCCUGUACAGAGUUAGCCUAUGCAAUGUGCAUUCGUGACUGUAAAUAGGCGUAUGUUGAAUUUCCUUUCCCCUGCUGCUAUUUUUUUUUCUCCCCCCCCAGUACACUGCCCAUACAACUUUAGCAGCUUUAACGCCAACACUCGUUAAAUUAUUUGCUUAAAAACAUUGGUGCUUUGGAAAUUCCAGAGUGGAGGAACAGAUUGUCGGCCUGUGUAUCAUUAACAUAAUACCUAUGAAAUAAACAGAAACGUAUAGGCAAAA